UGGUGUUGCCGAGAGUGGGGGAGUCGGUACCUCAUUCCCGGGUGGAGCCGGAGUCGGAGACAGCUUCCUAUCUAGAACUGAGAAAGGGAGAGAUGACAAACUUCAUCUACUGCACUAGGCCACAAGAGGUGAUAUCUCAGGAAAGAACUUCUUUGGUGCUGACCUCAUCUGUACCUUCAGUAACUGUGGCCACUUUUCCAGUUCACUGACUAGGCUUUCUUUGACCUCAGCAGCCAGAGUAGCCUUAAGUAAAAGAGCUCGUGUGAGGCUUCAGGACAAAAAUGUUUCACUUACGGACUUGUGCUGCUAAAUUGAGGCCAUUGACGGCCUCACAGACUGUUAAGACACUUGCACAGAACAGGCCAGCAGCUAGGACGUUUCAACAAAUUAGGUGCUAUGGUGCACCUGUGGCUGCUGAGCCUUUUUUGAGUGGGACUAGUUCAAAUUAUGUGGAGGAAAUGUACUAUGCUUGGUUGGAAAACCCCAAAAGUGUACAUAAGUCAUGGGACAUAUUCUUUCGAAAUGCCAAUGCUGGAGCCCCACCUGGCACUGCCUACCAAAGCCCCCCUCCCCUGAGUGGCGCCCUGUCAGCCCUGACCCAAGCCCAGUCCUUGGUUCAUGCCCAGCCGAAUGUAGAUAAGCUUGUGGAAGACCAUCUUGCAGUUCAGUCUCUUAUCAGGGCAUAUCAGGUCAGGGGUCACCACAUUGCAAAACUUGAUCCCCUCGGCAUUAGUUGUGUAAAUUUUGAUGAUGCACCAGUAACUGUUUCUUCAAACGUUGAUCUCGCAGUUUUCCAGGAGCGACUCCGAAUGCUAACUGUAGGAGGGUUUUAUGGAUUGCAUGAAUCGGACCUGGACAAGGUCUUCCAUUUGCCCACUACUACUUUCAUUGGGGGAAAGGAGUCUGCCCUACCACUCCGAGAGAUCAUCCGCCGGCUAGAGAUGGCUUAUUGCCAGCACAUUGGAGUGGAAUUCAUGUUUAUCAAUGACCUGGAGCAGUGCCAGUGGAUCAGACGGAAAUUUGAGACUCCAGGCAUCAUGCAGUUCACAAGUGAGGAGAAGCGCACUUUACUAGCAAGGCUGGUUCGGUCAACCAGGUUUGAAGAAUUCCUGCAGCGAAAGUGGUCAUCUGAGAAACGUUUUGGCUUGGAAGGUUGUGAAGUGCUAAUACCAGCCCUGAAGACUAUAAUUGACAAAUCAAGUGAAAAUGGAGUGGAUUAUGUGAUCAUGGGAAUGCCACACAGAGGGCGCCUGAAUGUGCUUGCAAAUGUGAUCAGGAAGGAACUGGAGCAGAUUUUCUGUCAAUUUGAUUCAAAAUUGGAGGCGGCUGAUGAGGGUUCUGGAGAUGUGAAGUAUCACUUGGGCAUGUAUCACCGGAGGAUUAACCGAGUAACAGACAGAAACAUCACACUGUCAUUGGUGGCAAACCCUUCUCACCUGGAGGCUGCUGAUCCAGUGGUUAUGGGGAAAACCAAAGCUGAGCAGUUUUAUUGUGGGGAUACUGAAGGAAAGAAGGUGAUGUCCAUCCUUAUACAUGGAGAUGCUGCAUUUGCCGGGCAGGGUAUUGUGUAUGAGACAUUCCAUUUGAGUGACCUUCCUUCCUAUACGACACACGGCACUGUGCAUGUGGUUGUUAACAAUCAGAUUGGUUUUACUACAGACCCCCGAAUGGCCCGUUCUUCUCCAUACCCUACUGAUGUGGCCCGGGUGGUCAAUGCACCAAUUUUCCAUGUGAAUGCCGAUGACCCUGAAGCAGUUAUGUAUGUAUGCAAUGUGGCUGCUGAGUGGAGGAGCACUUUUCAUAAGGAUGUGGUUGUGGAUUUGGUAUGUUACCGACGCAAUGGUCACAAUGAAAUGGAUGAACCUAUGUUCACUCAGCCCCUCAUGUACAAGCAGAUCAGAAAACAGAAACCUGUGUUGCAGAAAUAUGCCGAGACCCUGGUGUCACAGGGAGUGGUCAAUCAGCCUGAAUAUGAGGAGGAGAUUUCCAAGUAUGAUAAGAUCUGCGAGGAGGCUUUUGCCAGAUCUAAAGAUGAGAAGAUCUUACACAUCAAGCACUGGCUUGACUCGCCCUGGCCUGGUUUUUUUACUCUGGAUGGACAGCCCAGGAGUAUGUCUUGCCCUUCAACUGGUCUAACUGAAGAGGUUCUAGCACACAUAGGAAAUGUAGCCAGCUCUGUUCCUGUGGAGAAUUUCACCAUUCAUGGGGGCUUGAGGCGGAUUCUAAAAACCCGUGGAGAAAUGGUAAAGAACCGAACAGUGGACUGGGCCCUUGCUGAGUACAUGGCCUUCGGCUCACUCCUGAAAGACGGGAUCCACAUUCGGCUCAGCGGCCAGGAUGUUGAAAGGGGAACCUUCAGCCAUCGUCAUCAUGUGCUACAUGACCAGAAUGUAGACAAGAAAAUCUGCAUUCCCAUGAACCACCUCUGGCCUAACCAGGCUCCGUAUACAGUCUGCAACAGCUCUCUGUCUGAAUAUGGAGUCCUAGGCUUUGAGCUGGGCUUUGCUAUGGCAAGUCCUAAUGCCCUUGUCCUUUGGGAGGCUCAGUUUGGUGACUUCCACAACACUGCUCAGUGCAUCAUUGACCAAUUCAUCUGCCCAGGACAGGCCAAGUGGGUUCGACAGAAUGGCAUUGUCCUGCUCCUACCCCAUGGCAUGGAAGGAAUGGGUCCAGAGCAUUCGUCGGCUAGACCAGAGAGGUUUCUGCAGAUGUGCAAUGAUGACCCAGAUGUCUUCCCUAAACUUGAUGACUUUGAUGUGCGUCAACUCUAUGACUGCAACUGGAUUGUUGUUAAUUGUUCCACUCCUGCUAACUUCUUCCAUGUCCUACGACGACAGAUCCUGCUGCCCUUCCGGAAGCCGUUGAUCGUCUUCACUCCAAAGUCACUGCUGCGUCACCCUGAAGCCAGGUCCAACUUUGAUGACAUGCUGCCAGGAAGCAACUUCCUACGUGUUAUCCCAGACAGUGGCCCUGCAUCCCAGAACCCAGAAAAAACCAAGAGACUUCUCUUUUGUACCGGCAAGGUGUACUAUGAUCUUACCCGAGAGCGACAAGCCAGAAAGAUGGAGGCAGAUGUGGCUAUCACCAGGAUCGAGCAGCUUUCCCCAUUCCCCUUCGACCUCCUGCAGAAGGAAGUGCUGAAGUACCCUAAUGCAGAGCUGGCCUGGUGCCAGGAAGAGCAUAAAAAUCAAGGUUACUAUGACUACGUGAAGCCAAGACUUCGUACAACCAUAGACCGAGCCAAGCCUGUCUGGUAUGCUGGGCGUGACCCUGCUGCUGCACCAGCCACAGGCAACAAGAAGACACACCUGACGGAGCUGCAGCGUCUCCUGGAGACUGCUUUCAAUCUGGACUCUUUCAAGGGCUUAUUCUAGGCGUGGGCCACAGCUACAUGGACCCUGCCUUCUGUCUGUCAGUAUAUCCAUGUCUGCCACUCGCCUCUCCUCUUAACUCCAGACUUGAUCGACUAAAGUGUGGCACCCAGCUUCUGCCCCAAAUCUCUGCUUGUUCUUAUUGUCCUGUGCAUUCUUCCCUUCCUGUGUUCUCCCUCUCCCCGCCUCCCAAAAAAAAAAAGCUGUUCUCUUAGAAAUUGAAGUUAUCAUUUCUUUAUCAAGUAUUCUGCCUCACUCACCCCCACCAAAUGUUCAACAAUCCCCAAUUUUGACUGUCUUGGCUUUCUGUGAAGGUGAAUAGCUUAGUGGAAUAGCACCUUCUGCAGAAGGAGCAGAGGGGAGGUAACAGAAGGGGAAGGGGAUACUGCUGACAUCACAGUUAUAAGAACCCAUAACUGUACCAGACAAAAAGCCCUUGUGUAGUGAUGUCAGAUUUUUCCACUCCCUCACCUGGUAAAAUUUUAUCCCCACAAUGCAGAGGAGGAACUUUGGAUUCCCUAUAUGCUGAAAAGGUCUCUUUACUUCAGGACUAGGACUAGGAUUACUUAGCUUUUUCUGGGGCUAAACCCAGAGUAAUCAUACGAAAAAGAAAGAAAUGAUCUGUUCCCACGAACUGGAUUUUGCCAUGUUCUUCUCCAAGUGGUACUCGGAUGGUAGGCAGCCAUAGCGAGGAGAUGGACUCCUUUGGCUGCCAGGCUUAAGGAGACAGAGGAUAAGUCCAGGUUGAGGCAGUCCCAGAAUCCAGAGCAGGUGGUCCUAUCAGUGUCUUUCCUCUGGUAUAGUUGUCCCCUAUUUUCCUGUGUGACAUCCCUCCUGGGCUUAUUGCAUGUGGUCUGCAUGCCCCAAUCCCUCAAGCUUUAGUGACCAGGGACAGCUUCAGCCUCUACUGCUUCUGCCCCUUCUUCUGCACUGACUCUUCUCCAUGUCACAGAAUUGGCAAAACAGUGUCCCUUUCUGGCACCCAAGCUCUUCAUAUUGCUGCCCCUGUCCCAUAUAUGUACAGCUUUGCUUUAGGGGUGGAGUCUGGAGCACAGAGCCACAGGGCAUGUACAUCAUGUGAAUAAUGACUUUUCUAUUGGAGAUGGUCUUGGUCUCCAGGCCAGAAAAUUUUCCCUUCUAUUCUCAGUAGCCCAUAAGGUAUGUGCUGCUCUGACCCCUGAUGUGGUAGAUAAGCCUCGGCAUGGCCUUUCUGCUUGUUUUCUCACCACCUCUCUCCUUCACGAUGCCUCUUUUUUCCUUUUUCCCUUUCCCCUUUAACUUUUUUAUAAAAAAACAAGAUUGAGACUUUCUGAUACAUCCUUCCUUGUGCCAAAGCAAAAGGUGGCAGGAGGUGGGAGCUGAAGGGUGGAGGGGCGGGGGCAGACACUGGUGACUGCCCCUCAUCAUCACUUUGAUUCUUCACGGUGACAGAUCUGAUUUAUUUAUUUUGGUUAAAAAACAAACAACAGCUUUUUGUUGUAUUUGGCUUCACCAAUAAAAUAAGAAAUUAUCCUUGG